CAAUACAGCUCGAAAUAGUACUGCGGUGCCAGGCGAUAGUGAGCAGUCUUGAGAACAGGAUUCCACGGUGUAAGACGUUUAACGGCUCAAAGAGUGACAGAUCGUGAUACAAGUUGUUUGAAAAGUUGAAGUUUGUGCCUUCUGUCGGAUGAUGUCCGCAGCGGCGGCAGCUGGGCUCCUCAUCUGUGCUUGCCUGGCGGCGGCCUCGCGCCCGCAGACGUUCGUCGGCCUCGAACGUGAAGGCCACGAGGUGGACGCCGUGGGGGAGGAGGGCCUGAUCGAGUCUUCAUCGAGGAAGAGAAAAGCAGAGCUCUCACUCGCGGCGGCAAGUACCUCCACCCUGGCUGCCCAUCCGACGCCUUCGCGCCGACCGGCCCUACCGACGCGGUGUGCGGCUGCACGUGCUUCAACACGGCGGACACCAAGGCCAGGGUGGACGGCGGCGCGCCACAGUGCCUGACCUGCGAGGAGGGCACCCUUGUGGCGUGGGAGGACGUCGAUCCAGCGCAGAUGGUGGUAUCGCCAAAGCUCGUGGGGGUCUUGCGGGGUCUUUCUGGAAGGGGCCUCUGCCACGUUCACAUCUUGAUUCGAAGGCUCCUGAGUCUAAUCAUCAUCGCG